UCGGUUCUCAGUCCCGCUGUGAGCGCAGCAAGGUACGCUACGAACUUUACGCUCUCCCUCGGUUCCGCGAUCUCCGCUGCGAAACGUUCGUUCCUCAUCGUUGACGUAAACAUCGUCGUCGCGUCGCCUCGCGUCGUUGUUACGAACAUGAGUCGCAAUGUCGAAAUCGCUCGGGAAUAGUUCCGGAACGCGACGACGAACAGACUUGACGCCGACGCGCGCGAUCGGACCGUCCGUUUAACGUUUAAUCGCAAGUGCAGUUCGAGUGGGGUCCGUGCGAAUGACGAGCGAAUCGUUUCUAGAGCGUCGAUGCCAUCGCACCGCGUCCGUUUGGGUUCGUCGAAAGAGAAGUGUUCGUUACCUGUGAGAAAAGGAGGAGCAGGAGGAAGAAGGCGAAGAGGAAGAACAAGAAGAAGAAGAGGAGGAAGGACGCGUGGAGGAGGUGGUGGCAGUGGAGAAGAGAAAUCGAAACGAGGAAACGAAUGGAAGGUGCGAAGUCGUGGGAACGGUGCGAACUGUAGCGCGGUAGCGAUCGCGAUUACGCGGACGGUGUGCAGGUAGACAACGCGUACGUCGAGUGCCGCGGCUAGGGAAGACAUGUUCGGUUCGGGCUCGAUAUAAUUGCGAACUGACAUCGGUACUGAAAACGGAAGCGGAAAGCGACCGUAGCUCGCAGCCCCGCCGGUCACGAUGAUGAACGCUUUUCUGGAUGGCGUCUCCUCGCACCCACACCAUUUGGCGAAUCUCGGCAUUAAACUGUCACCGAGCGGUGCCGGCUCGUCCGCGAGCUCCGCGGCGGACACCGGCUCGGGCGUACAACCGGCGGCACCGGGAGAGGCACCGUCCCAGCAGCAUCAUCACUUUCAUCCCCAAGGCUAUCCUCCUCAUCAUCCUCAUCCUGCGUCGCACAUGGCGCCGCACAUGGGCCAUCACAUGAGCCAUCAUCCCGGGUACGCGGCUCGCGAUUUCCUGUUGCGCCGCGAGCACGAGUUCAACGCCACAGCGAAUCCCACCACGCCGGAGAGCGGCCUCGGCUUGUUUACGCCGCUGCACCACGACGGGACCGGCGCCGCGAUGCAACAAUUCCCGCACCAUCCAAGCCAGCAUCCUCUCGCGGCGGGCCACUACCCGGGCCACUAUCCUCAGGACUCGAGGCUACCGCCGCCGCCGCAUCAUCACCAGUACUUGGCCCCACCGCAUCUGACGCCGGCGUCGAUCCAUCACCAACAGCAUCCCGCCGUCGGGCAUCCAGGUCAUCAUCCGCACGGAGCUUUCCUGAGAUACAUGAGGAGCAACGGAACCGGUGCCGGGAGCGGUGGCGGCAGCGCCGGCGGCGCGGCCGGCGGACAACGGCAGGAGAUGUCCUGCAUGUGGGUGGACCAAGACGCGCCGGGACCCGGAAGGAAGCUAUGCGGCAAGCUCUUCAACUCCCUCCACGAUAUCGUGACGCACCUCACCGUGGAACACGUGGGCGGACCCGAAUGCACCACGCACGCGUGCUUCUGGCAGGGAUGUUCGCGUAACGGCAGGGCUUUCAAGGCCAAGUACAAACUGGUCAAUCACAUAAGGGUGCACACCGGCGAGAAACCCUUUCCCUGUCCGUUCCCCGGCUGCGGAAAAGUCUUCGCCAGGAGCGAGAAUCUGAAGAUACACAAAAGGACGCACACCGGUGAGAAACCGUUCAAGUGCGAAUACUCCGGGUGCGAGAGGAGGUUCGCGAACAGCAGCGACCGCAAGAAGCACAGUCACGUCCACACGUCCGACAAGCCUUACAAUUGUCGAGUUUCCGGCUGCGACAAAUCUUAUACUCAUCCAAGCUCGUUGCGCAAGCACAUGAAGGUGCACGGCAUGACCCUAGGCGAGGGCAAAAUAGGAGGGGGUUACGAGAGCGAGGGCGAAGAGAGCAGCAGCAGCGGGGGUAGUUUGUCGGUGACCGGACACACGGAAUCUCCUCAACCGCCGGCGGUCGUCCCGACAACGACCGCGACCAACCCGCCACCUUCGAGUCAUCCUUCGAGCAGAGGCCCGGAACUGACCGAGUGGUAUGUCUGCCAGCCGCCGACGGUCCCUCCUCAGCACAGUCCGCUGCCGGGACCACCCCCGCCUCAUCAUCUCGGCCCGCACCAUUUCAACCCCUUGAUGCAUCACCAAGCUACUGCCUACUAAACGAAUCCAUCGCCAAUUUCUCUUUCGACAGUUCGCUCUUCGACGCACGUCGCUUUCCCGGAACCUACCAAGUCGGAAGAGGAGAGAAGUGCGAGCUAAUCCGAAGAAUGGAACAGCGUUCAUCGACGUUUCGGGGUUUCCACUCGCGACUUCUCGACGGAAUAGAGCCGCCAGCAUUCGAUCGUCCAUAAAUCAAUCAUCACAACUGAUCGGCCAAACCAAAAAAGACAAUUACCUCUAUCUAGAAUCUGGACGGUGGUGAGUCGUGGCGAUUGUACGAAGUGUACGCGUAAUCAAAGUGCCGGAACAGCGAUGUGGAUUCAGUGUUUUACUAUGUAGUCGUUGAAGCAUUCAAGACGUCGGAAGAGAAACAAACCGUGGUGCGGUGGACUCAUCGCGCAUUCUUCGACCAACCAAAAAUGAUGGCAACGGCAACGAUACGCAUUAGAAUUAGGGUAAGACGAAGCGACAACCGCGGGCCAUGGAGUACGGCUACGAGUUCCGGUUGAUCGGUCGUCAAAACAAAAACUUCAAGAGAAUCGCGCUAUUCUAUCUGUUGUAUAUAUAAUAUUAUAAUUAUCAUCGUGGCCGUCAUUGCUACUCGGUUGGAGCGGUCGAGCAGGAGACAACGGCGAAUAAGCGGGGACAAAUAUCUCGCUUGUAAAAUAUUGUAUUACUAUGAUAUUUCUGUUACGUGUGAUAACGUGUAAAUACGAAUACCGUGCAUGCCUGCGUGUGCGUAUGAAAGAAAAAGAGAGAGAGAGAGACGAAAGACGCUAUCGUAAUAGUAAUAAUCACUAUUACCACUAUUUCCGUUGUUUAAAUGCUUAGUUAGAUCGACCGAAGAGACGGAAAGCCCUCUAUCAUCGACCAUACCUGUAUCAUAUUAUAAUACCUAUUUGUUUUGCAAAGAUACGAAAUAUAUUGACGAUGCGACAUA